UCACCCCCUUCCCCCAACACACCCCCCUAUUUGUGAACCACUAUCCCUCUGAACUCUGAAGCAAAGUUCAAAAUCACCCAACCAAAACCCUAGGUUCUCACUGCAACGGUUCUGCCGCAGUGCCGCCGUCGUCCGAUUUGUCGGCGACUCCGCGUCCUCUCUUGUAGCUCGGCGUCCUCCUUCUCCCUGUCCCCGUCCUCCCUGGCUUCUCUGUUCGAGGCUUGGAGCAGCUCGCCGCCGUUUCGCCGGUCUCCGUCGUUUCGCCUGUCGCCGUCGUUUCGCCGGUCGCCGUCCGUGUCUCUGUCGAAGGUGAACCAGUGACCCGGUGACUCGGUCAUAUGACCGGGUCAAUAUGCUUGAAAAUUUUUACACUGAAAAUUUUAUAUUGAAAUUUUUUUUUUAGUUUCAAAUUUUCAGAAAUAUAAAAACAUUACACAAUAUACACCUCCUCCAAAUACCUGCCAGAUAUUUGGGCUUAAAAGCUCCUUUCGCAUAAUAGACCUCACCAUCAAUUCAAUUCCGCUGAUGCCGUACAUGUUCUGGCAACUCCGCCGGUGGGAACUCAAAAUCCUAUUCUACCCAAGCACAGCCACUCUCCUCCGAACUCCAACCACAUGCUUCCUGCAUUCCCUUUCGGACCCACCCCACUGGAAACCACCAUCACCACCACGGCCGAUCGUUUAUCUUCAGAAUCUCCUCAAGUUCCGGAGGGACAAGCCCGCCAUCGAAGUGGAGCGAGCACUCGACCUAUGUGGGUUCCAGCUUAGCGACAAACUCGUCUUCGAAGUGCUUAAACGGCAUCAUUCUGAUUGGAGGCCCGCCCUUGUGUUCUUUAAUUGGGCUUGUAAAGCGAGUCCCGAGCAAAAUGGGUAUGUGCCAAGUUCCGUUGUUUUCAAUGAGAUUGUGGAUAUUCUCGGGAAGAUGAAGCGGUUUGAGGAGCUCUACCAGGUGCUCGAUGAAAUGUCCCAUAGACAGGGUGUCAUGAACGAGUUGGUUUUUUCCACAUUGAUUCGUAGGUAUGUGGGUGCACAUAAGGUGGAGGAAGCUGUUGGAAUAUUCUAUAGGAGGAAAGAGUUUGGAUUGGAGAUUGAUUCUGAAGCAUUUAGGACCCUCUUGAUGUGGUUGUGCAGGUACAAGCAUGUAGAAGAUGCAGAAACUUUGUUUCGCAGCAAGGUGAAUGAGCUUCCACCUGAUAUAAAGUCCUGGAACGUGAUCCUCCAUGGUUGGUGCAUCUUAGGGAACACACAUGAGGCGAAGAGGUUGUGGAAAGACAUAUUGGCAUCUAAGUGCAAGCCGGAUCUUUUCACUUAUGCAACAUUUAUCAAGGCAAUGACCAAGAAGGGGAAGCUCGGCACUGCACUGAGGUUGUUCCAUGGCAUGUGGGAUAAAGGUUGCAAGCCCGAUGUUGUGAUAUACAACUGCAUCGUUGAUGCUCUUUGUUUCAAAAAGAGGGUUCCCGAGGCAUUGGAAGUUUUCAAGUGCAUGAGCGAAAGGGGCGUUGAACCUAAUGUGGCUACUUACAACUCCUUGAUCAAACACAUGUCUAAGAUUCGGCGAAUGGAGAAGGUAUAUGAGCUAGUGAGUGAUAUGGAAAGGAGGAAGGGGAGUUGUUUGCCUAAUGCUGUUACUUAUAGCUACUUGCUGGGUUCCUUGAAGGAGCCGAAGGAAAUUCCUGUGAUUUUGGAGAGGAUGGAGAGAAAUGGGUGUAGCAUGAAUGAUGAUGUUUACAACUUGGUUUUGAGGUUGUACAUGGAAUGGGAUGACCAGGAUGGGGUGAGAAGAACAUGGGAAGAGAUGGAAAGGAAUGGAUGGGGACUAGAUAGGCGAUCUUAUACAAUCCUGAUUCAUGGGCACCUCGAAAAUGGGAGGACGAAGGAUGCCUUGCGCUAUUUUAGGGAGAUGGUGUCUAAGGGAAUGGAGCCUGAGCCCAGAACUGAGAAACUGUUGAGUUCCGUGAACAUUCAGUCAAAAGAAAGAACAGAAAAACAAAAAGGAUGAUGGUAUUGGAGUUAUCUAGUGAUCCAAUUCUUCCAAUAACUUCAUUGCCAUUGGUUCGGGUUCUCUGAGUCGAAAAUAGCCAACAGUAAUAUAUCUUUAGGCAUUGAGUGCUAAUAUACUGAGAUGCAUAGGAUGUUGAUUUGGUUGAAUUUUCGAACAUUGAGAUAUCUUGCCAAACUCUUUAGAUUGUCAAGAAGCAAGGAAAAAAGAUAACCCGACACCAAAUUUUAUGAUUCGAGAUUUUAUGUUAAUUAGAGGGUCCAGAAAUUAGAAGGCUGGGGUUAUUUUGCUCC